AUGGAGCUGCGUGGCGCUGUUCAUUUCAGCUUUGGGGCUAGUUUUGACGCCGAUGGGGUUGACCCAACCCUCGAUCGGAGCAAGCUCACGUCAAUCCCACCCCUGCCACCAAUCGAAUGUCCCACGGCUGGGUCUAAAGGAUCGCCGUUUUCUAGUCCGGAGUACUUGCUUCAGAACUAG